AUGGGGCUGGUGCUACAGAGGAAGCCUGCGAUGCGGUUGCUUACGCUCAAAGAGAAUGAAAUAAAUGAGGUUCCUUUCUUUGACAUCCAGCUGCCCUAUGAACUGGCACUGAAGAUAUUUCAGUACCUGGGCAAGAGUGAAUUGGGAAGGUGUGCUCAGGUCAGCAGAACAUGGAAAAUACUUGCGGAAGACGAAGUGUUGUGGUACCGCUUGUGCCAACAGGAAGGAUACCUAUUAGAUACGAGCAUCUCCGAUCAUUCCUGCUGGAAGCUCGCCCUCAAGAACUGCCACGCCAGAGAGCGCACUUUGAAAACCAACUGGAAGAACCGCAUCGGUGGUGUGAGCCAGCUGCAAUACGAGCUGGGAAAAAUUCUUUGUGAUGUACAUUCUUGCGAUGGAGUUGUUAUUGCUGGAUAUACAUCAGGAGAAGUGAGGUUGUGGGACACUCGCACCUGGGACUACACAGCCCCCAUCCUGGAACCAGUGCACGGUCCUGGUGAUGCUGGACCUCAGCCACGUGUCUCCUUUGUGAGGAUAAACAGCUCUCUGGCUGUAGCAGCUUACGAGGACGGAACCAUCAGCGUGUGGAGCCUGAUGUUCGGGCGGGAGCCAGUCCAUCGUUACCAGCACAAUCAGAGGAUACAGGCUUUAGCUCUUGCUUCAGAGGGUGCAACGGUAGCAACGGCAUCUGGCUUCGAGGUCAAAGUGGAAAGCCCUAAUGACAGAGGAUUCUGGCAAACUACAGAAACAUUUGAAAUCCAGAAAUUGGUCAACUUCCUUAAUCUGGUUCCAGAUGUUACGGGGAGUCCAGUGACAGUAGCAGCUGCAGAAGACAUUGUCUAUCUCCUGAAAGCAGAAGAUCCCGGCAAAAUUCUCCAUUCUGUCUAUGGUCAGCCCGUCACGUGUCUCGAUGUGUCAGCUCAUGAAGCAGCCUUUGGGGUCAAAACCUUUGGCUGGUUAUUGAAUGAGCCCAACCAGAUUCUUCUGUACAAUCUGGAAACAAGUCAGUGUCUGAAGAAGAUGGGCAACUCGUUGGGUGACUUUACGUGUGUCAACCUCCAGAACAGUCCUCCAAACAUGCUUGUUACAGGCAAUAAAGACAGAAGGGUCAGGGUGUUCGAUCUCCGCAAAAGUGAAUCUUUGUGCUCCCUCUAUGCCCACCAGUUAGGAGUGUCUGCGGUCCAGAUGGAUGACUGGAAGAUCGUCAGCGGAGGAGAAGAGGGCUUGGUCUGUGUGUGGGACCAACGGAUGGGCACCAAACUCUGGGAGAUGCAUGCCAGGCAUCCAGUCCGCCACGUAUGGUUUAAUUCUCAUAGCCUCAUCACUGCAAACAUCCCCGAUGACAAAACUCCCCGAGGCGCCAGCAUCACCGAUGAUGACCUUACUGCACACCGCAAGCAUCGAGGAAUCAUUUAUGCCUACGAGUUCUCAGUGGACCAGUUGGCUGUAGAAAGCGUCCUUCCUAUUUGCCGAUCUUCCUACGAUGAAGUGACUGGUUACAACUUCAACAUUGGCCUCGCGGUUCCCUAUGAUAACAUUUAGGUAACUCACUUUACUUGGCUUCUGGCGUCCAGCCCUCUGCCA